AUGGAGGGCGGCGGAAGCUCGCCCGGUGGAGGCCGUGAGGCCUGCAAGAGGAGGCGGCACAGAGGGGGGGAUUCGAGCGCGGCGAAGAAGAAAAGAAGAGCAGCUGUUCCCGGCGACGCUCGCGCAGCGUCUCCUCGCUCGCAGGCACCCUCAGCCUUUCCUGUCUCUGCUCUGUCGAAGGACAGAGAGGAACAAAGGAAGGCACGGGCUCUGUCUGUCCCCCGUGCGUCUUCUUCAGCGACCGCUUGGUCUAAGCCGUGCGCGUCCUCUGUGUGCAGGCCCUGGGCCGCAGUGCGUAAAGCGCAUGCACUCCCGGCUCACGUGGGCAGACCUCCGGCUUUCGGCGCGGGAGAGGCUGAGCGAAAGAAGAAAAAGAAGAGACGCCAGGAGACCAAAGAGGAAGAGCCUGUCGCGGAAGCGAGUGGGGGUUGCCCUCAAGACUCGCGGAAGGAGAUCGACGACCUUUUCGCAGAUCUCAUGGGUGGAGGAAAGAAGGGCAAAGAGACUGCCAAGGACGGCGCAAAAGGAAAGAUGGCAGAAGGAGCGAAAAAAAAAGGGAAGAAAAAGAGAAGACCUCAAACGUUCGACGAGGACAUGAGACUCAACCAACCCGCAGUCCGACGCACGGCCGACGGCCUGCGCAUCUACACAGAAGAAGAACUCGGCAUAGGAAAGGGAGGAGACACUCCGGAGUGCCCAUUUGACUGCUCCUGUUGUUUUUGA